AUGGCUAAGGAUACAAUUUUGCAUGAAGACGAUUAUACAAUUCAUUUGACGGAGAACGAUGCUAACGUUAUAUGCAUAGAAAAAACUUACGAUGAACAAACACAUUUGGAGCAAGAUAUGGAAAUGAUUGAUACGAAUAGAAAACGUAUGUUACAUGAGGUGGACGAAAAUACAGAAGAGUGGCAAGAAGUUACUAAACAUGCUAAGAAAAAGGUGAGGGUUUUCGAUAACAAUUUAGAAGAAAAUCUUAUUCAAAUCGGAAUUACGAGUAAUAAAGUCUUACCUAAACAAUUUGCAUUAGCAAAAAUAUUGCGAGAGAACCAAAUUGUGAAUGUCAGUAAGGUUAAAUACAUAAAUCCGUAUAAAAUUCGAAUAACAUUUGAUACAGAAUUUAGUGCUGAAAAAUUUUUAGCAUGUCAAGUAUUUAAAGAUUUAGGAUGGCGAUGUCAAAAAUCAUGGGAAGUAGGAAUAUCAUAUGGAAUUAUUAAAAAUAUAGACAAAGAACUGUCAGAAGAAGAAUUAAUUCAUAGUUUACUUUGUGAUAUUGAAGUUUUAGCCGUACAACGUUUGAAUCGUCGAGCAGACGAUGGUUGGGUACCUAGUGAAACCAUUAAACUAACGUUUAAAGGGCCGAAUAUACCGAAGUAUGUAUAUCUUCUAGAUCUAAGAAUUAAAGUAGAACAAUAUAUAUUUCCAGUCACUCAGUGUUCUCGUUGCUGGAGGUUUGGACAUACAGCAAAAAUGUGUCCAUCCAACAAAAUAAUUUGCCCUAAGUGUACAAGAAACCAUCCAAAUUGUGAGAAUAAUAAUUUUAUAUGCAUUAAUUGUAAGGGUAAUCAUAUGCCCUUGGAUAAAAUCUGUCCUAUAUUUAAAAAAGAGAAAAGGAUUCGAGAAAUAAUGACAGAAUUCAACUGUUCAUAUUUGAAAGCUAUUAGUAUGUAUGUCCCCCAGUCCCCUAUUUUGCCAUCUACCAACUUAGCUUGCAGUGAAUCAAAACCUACGACAAAGCAUGUUUACGCUCCAACAAGCACAGUACCAGUAAUUUAUCCUGAAAUUGAAUCUGUUGAUCAGGAAAUCCCUCAAACUUCUGGAACACAAAACACAAUGAACAAGAAGAAAAAGAAGAAAAAACGUAUUAAAUGUGCUGAAAAUGUAUAUGCAGACAUAGAAGUAGCCUCUGAUUCUGAUAAUAGUGUUAAAAGUGAUUACUAUAUUAAUAAUGAUAGUGAGGAGAAUUGGAAUUGUAGAAGUCUAAAACCAAAAUUAAAGCUUUUUGAAGACCUGCUAAUUCGAGAAAAGGUUCAUAUUGCUGCUUUGUUCCUAUUCCUAAGCAAGGUUCUUAUUCAGAUACUUUUCGGCCAAUUUCUCUAA